AUGGUAUUGGAGCUGGACUUGUUCCGCGUAGACAAAGGCGGAAACCCGGAUGUGAUUCGCGAAAGUCAGCGAAAGCGAUUCAAGGACGUGACGUUGGUUGACAAAGUGGUUGAUGCCGAUGCGGAGUGGCGAAAAUGUCGUUUUCGUGUCGACCAGUGGAACCGUCUGAGAAACCUGUGCAGCAAGGAAAUGGGCAAGAAAAUUAAGAAUAAGGAAACACCAGGACAGACGGAUGACUUGCCAAAAUCUGUUUUGCAAAACUUGGGGGAGUUGAAAUCCCAAGAUAUUAGUGCACUCAGCAUUCAGCAGAUCAAGCGGCUUCGAUCGGUUAUCGAUGAACAGAUGGUCAGAGAUGAAGAACUUACAAAAAAAUUGGAGUCUGAGCGCAACAGUGCUCUACGAGAGAUCGGAAAUCUGCUGCAUCCUUCCGUUCCAAUCAGUUCUGAUGAAAAUGACAAUACGGUCGAACGUCUCUGGGGCGAUAUUACGUCCCGAAAGAAGCUUUCUCAGAUCGAUCUUGGUUUGAUGAUCGACGGUUAUGAUUGUGAACGCGGUGCCGUGACCGCCGGUACCAGAGGUUACUAUCUCAAGGGUCCUCUCGUCUUCCUCGAACAGGCUUUAAUCAACUUCGCACUGCAAAAAUUGCUUGGUUUUGGCUUUACUCCAAUCUAUACUCCAUUUUUCAUGCGGAAAGACGUUAUGCAGGAAGUGGCGCAGCUGAGCGACUUUGACGAGCAACUUUAUAAGGUACUUGUCGAAAAGGCAGUUUGA